UACGAACAGUCAUAUGGCUCACUCCACGUCUUCAGUGUUUUUCGUGCUCUUUAUGAUAGUGAAUUCAUUGUUUUAAUUGAAAAUAGAGUUCCUAGUGCCUAAAAGUAAUGGUGCAGUGUUUUGGUGUGAGUUUGUGGGAUGUAUUAAAAUUUGGAAUGCGACAUGAGUGACAUGGCUGGAGUUUUGCACGCUGCAAGGUUCACGGAGAUGGCUGGGAGUGGGGUGGGGAGCGGUGAGGCGCAUCGCAGCCGCUCCUCGUCUUGGUCGUCGUGGCGACGGCCUAGCCGACUGCCUAGACCUGAACCGCGGUUAUCCUUGCAGUAUCAGACUGAUGAAAACAGCUUCUUGCUUCGCUUGCGGAUCAUAGGAGCGUAUUCAUUGGCCAAAAAGGACAUCUUCGGUGCCAGCGACCCUUAUGUCCGUGUGGAGCUACAGAAGGUGGACGGUGACGUCACCAUAGAGACGUUCCUUACUAAGACCAAGAAAAAGACACUGAACCCAGUAUGGAACCAAGAGUUCGUGUUCCGCGUCAAGCCGGAGGAGCACAAGCUCCUCAUCCAGGUGUUCGACGAGAACCGUCUGACGCGCGACGACUUCCUCGGCAUGGUGGAGAUACCUGUGUCGCAAGCCCCGGCCGAGACGGCGGCCGCGCCCCGGCCGGCGCCGGUCAAGUACGCGCUCCGUCCGCGCAGGUCCGUCGCUCGCUCCAGAGUCCGUGGCCACAUAGAAGUGUACAUGGCGAUCGUGGGCCACGGCGCAGAAACAGAGGAGCAACGGCCAGACGACUGGGAGAUGGUCGAACCCAGCCCUCAGGUCGGCAACGUGCAGCCGGUGGUGGGAGGAGAUCCGUUGCCGCCGGGCUGGGAGGAGCGUCAGGACGCGAACGGGCGCACAUAUUACGUGAACCAUGUCGCCCGGUCGACACAAUGGGAGAGGCCUACAUUGGCACUUACGCGUAACAUGAGCACGGAAUCGCAGAACGAACGCAUGGAAAACGCAGCCACUGAGUUCCAGCGUCGUUUCCAUAUCUCGCAUGACGACGAGCGCGGAACACAGCGAGCGCAGGAUAGCAAUAGGAGCGACGAGAACUCCACAGAAGGGACGCCAUUUUCAUCCCCCGUGCGUUCCCUCGACCGGGAAUCGAACCCCGAAGUGCCUCAAUCUAGCUUAAGUAAUACCUGUGAUAGUAAUUUAAGAGAGGAAGACGAUGUAGUAUGCGCGAACGAAGUUAGACAGAGAGAUGUAGACAACGAGAAUGUUGCUCAAGACUGUGAUACGAUCUCUAGUCAAAACGACCAAUCAGAGGACGCAGUAGCGGGCCAAUCAGAGAACGCGGUAGCGGGCCAAUCAGAAAAUGCUGAAGCUAGCCAAUCAGAGGAAGCUGAAGCUAGCCAAUCAGAGAAUGCCGAAGCGAGCCAAUCAGAGAAUGCGGAAGCGAGCCAAUCAGAGAACGCAGAAGGGAACCAAAUAGAUGAUAAUGGCGAAGCAAGUGCAGUAGAACAAUCAGAAGCUAAAGCAGAAAAUGAAGAAACAGCUGAUCAUACUGAAAGAGAAUCAAAUUUAGAAAACGCAGGAGGCGUAAAUACAGAAACUGACGAAAGAGACUCAAACGUAGAAGCUAACGCAACAAGCGUUGAUGAAGCCGAAAGAGAAAGACAACAGGAUGAAAGAGACGCAGAUAGUAUAGAGAUAGAGAUAGAAGAGGCGCUGACGUUUGAUGAGAAUCACUUCAGUACACCGACCGGGGGAACGACUCCGGAGCGAGGGGCGUCGCGGCGGAGAAUGACCAGCAGUUCCAUGGACGAUACUGAGGACGAAACGGACAACCAAUCGACUGAUAGCUCGAGGAGUACCGCCAGCAGUCAGCAGAGCCAGAAUAUUCCUAAUAGUGAUGGUCUACCGCAAGGCUGGAGUAUGCAGCGAGCGCCCAACGGCAGGAUAUUCUUCAUCGACCACAACCAGAAAACCACCACAUGGAUAGACCCCAGAACAGGCUGCGCGUCUCACCUGCCCGCGGUGGCGGCGGCGGGGGCGGAAGCGGACGAGUUAGGGGCGCUGCCCGAGGGCUGGGAGGAGCGCGUGCACACCGAUGGAAGGAUCUUCUUCAUAGACCACAAUACCCGAACAACGCAAUGGGAGGACCCCAGGCUGUCCAACCCGCAAAUAGCGGGACCCGCCGUGCCUUACUCCAGGGACUACAAACGCAAAUACGAGUACCUGAAGAGCCAACUACGCAAACCGAGCAACGUUCCCAACAAAUUUGAGAUCAAGGUCCGAAGGAAUUCCAUCCUUGAGGAUUCAUACCGCAUCAUCAGCUCCGUCAGCAGACUCGAUUUGUUGAAAACCAAGCUGUGGGUAGAGUUCGAGUCUGAAGUCGGCCUGGAUUACGGCGGCCUGGCCCGAGAAUGGUUCUUCCUCCUCUCUAAAGAGAUGUUCAACCCCUACUACGGCCUCUUCGAAUAUUCCGCCAUGGACAACUAUACCCUACAGAUCAACCCCAACAGCGGGGUCUGCAACGAGGAACACCUCAACUACUUCAAGUUUAUAGGGAGGGUCGCUGGCAUGGCGGUUUACCAUGGGAAACUGUUAGACGCUUUCUUCAUCCGUCCAUUCUACAAAAUGAUGGUGGGCAAGACCAUCGAGCUACAAGACAUGGAGUCCGUCGACCUCGAGUAUUACAACUCACUCAUGUGGAUCAAGGAAAAUGACCCAUCAGAACUAUACCUAACGUUCUCCGUAGACGAGGAACAGUUUGGGAAAACUAUCCAACGCGAACUGAAGCCAGGGGGCGCUAACAUCUCUGUCGACAACGAUAACAAGGACGAGUACAUCAAAUUGGUGAUCGAGUGGCGCUUCGUGAGCCGCGUGCAGGAGCAGAUGUACGCAUUCCUCGACGGCCUCGGCGGCCUAGUGCCCCUCCCACUCCUCAAGAUAUUCGACGAACACGAACUAGAACUGCUACUGUGCGGGAUACAACAUAUCGACGUGCGAGACUGGCGCGCGAAUACGCUGUACAAGGGGGAUUACCACGCGAAUCAUCUCGUCGUCCAGUGGUUCUGGAGGGUGGUCCUAUCUUUCUCUAACGAAAUGCGCUCGCGACUACUACAGUUCGUGACGGGCACUUCUCGUGUACCCAUGAACGGCUUCAAAGAGUUAUACGGCUCAAACGGACCGCAGCUCUUCACUAUCGAGAAAUGGGGAGCUCCUGAUAAUUACCCCCGUGCCCAUACAUGUUUCAACCGCAUCGACCUGCCUCCGUACGAGAGCUACCAGCAACUGCGCGAGAAGCUUGUCAAGGCCAUCGAGGGCUCGCAAGGAUUCGCCGGCGUCGACUAAACCCCACAACACAACGGCAUGACUGAACGGUUUAACACGACUGUUAAAGAGAGGAUUCUAUUUUAUUUUUAAAAUUAUCAAAAAAAUAUUAUUAUACUGACUGAGGGCCGGCUGGUGUCAAUUAGACUCCACAACUCAACGGCAUGACUGAACGGUUUAAUACGACUGUCAAAGAAGGCUAUAUUGUAAUUUGAAGUAUUGGAAUUAUAAAUAAUAAUAUGUAUUUACGGACUAGGGGCCCUCAGGAUUGCCAGUGUCAACUAAAUUCCACAACAAAACGCCAUGUCUGAACGACUUAACACGAUUGUUAUAGAGGUCUGUAUCGGAAUUAUAAAUAAUAACUGAGGGCCCUCAAAACUAAACCCGACAACAAAACGGGAUGGCUGAACGACUUAACACGACUCUUAACGAUGACUUAUUGUAUGGGCCUCAUGAGUCAUUACUUUCGAUGUGCAACAUAGCGAGUCUUCUGAACGACAGAACAAUAGUGUAACAUGGGGUUAUGACCCAAAAGCAAUAAUAACCCACAACAUAACGGCACGACUGAACGGCUAAACGCGACUGUCACAUGCCUUUGUAUCUCUAUUCCUACAAAUUGUAUAUAAACUGUUGUACACAAUAAAGUGAUUACUACUACUACUACUACAUCAAGAAAGUACACUAUUUGAUAUCAGUGCAAAUAAAACAAAACAUCGAUUUAUGCUCAAAUCUUCAGCACAGCACUUCUGUGUCGUGGGAUAAAACUGUCACACAAUGAACUAUGUAAUUUCAAAAAGUGGGUUGACGUAAGAAAGCUCAAGUGGCGCUAUCGAAUGUUCAUAUUUUACCUACAAUUUCUUUCUUCGAAUACUCUUAUCUCAUGGAUACGCUUUUCUCCAUAUAGCCAUUUAAGUGCCAUCACACAUUUUACAUAAAAUGAUGUAUAAACAUAAUAAACUAUUUACUUUAGGCACACAGACACCCGCUCAAUAAAUGUAGUUUAUAACUACUGUUCAUAUUACAUGAAGAUUUCACUCACUUGCCCCAUGCUAGGACUAUGAACAUUCUUUAGCUAGAAGUAUGAACAUAC